AUGGAGCUGCAAGUAGAAGUAGACCUCUGCUUCCCACUACUCUCAAACUCCUCAUGCAGGAAGCCCAAAUCUGCUUUGUCUGAAGCUGCACUCCUCCGCUUCCUUCUGUUCUCCUUCUCGGUUAUAACUGUGGCUCUAAACCUGCUGGUCAUCAUCGCAGUCUCUCACUUCAGGCAGCUCCACACUCCCACUAACACCCUCCUCCUCUCUCUGGCUGUUUCGGACUUCCUCGUGGGUCUCCUGCUAAUGCCAGGAGAAAUCCUCAGAAACACCGCCUGCUGGUUACUGGGCGAUCUCAUGUGCUCUCUGUAUAACUAUGUUUCAUACAUAAUUACCUCUACUUCAGUAGGAGACAUGGUUCUCAUUUCAGUCGAUCGCUACGUGGCGAUCUGUGACCCUCUGCAUUAUCCAAGCAGAGUGACUGAAAGAAAAGUUAAAGUGUGUGUGUGUCUGUGCUGGCUCUGCUCUGCUCUCUACAACAGUGGAAUAGUGAUGAGUGAUCUCACACAUCCGGGAAGGUUCAAUUCCUGUCAUGGAGAAUGUGUGAUUUUUGUCGACAGCAUUAUAGGAACUCUCGACAUUGUCAUAACCUUUAUUGCUCCAGUUUUUGUGAUCGUGGUUCUGUACAUGAGAGUGUUUGUGGUGGCCGUGUCUCAGGCUCGUGCCAUGCGUUCUCAUGUUACAGCCGUCACACUGCAGCUCUCUGUGGCUACAAAGAAAUCGGAGCUGAAAGCAGCCAGGACUCUGGGAGUUCUGAUGCUCGUCUUUUUGAGCUGUUUCUGCCCGUAUUACUGUGUUUCUCUGGCAGGUGAUGAGCUGCUCAGCGACUCUUCUGCAUCAUAUUCACUCUUUCUGUUUUACUUGAACUCCACUCUGAACCCAGUGAUUUAUGCAAUGUUUUACCCCUGGUUUAGAAAAGCAGUGAACCUCAUUGUUACCCUGCAGAUCCUGCAGCCUGGCUCUUCUGAAGUAAGCAUUCACUGA